AUGCUUCUGCUACUUUUUCUACUUCCUGGUCUGAUUUCUGCUGAGAACUGCAUUACAUGUGUUGGUGCUGGAAAUAAAUGGUGUGUGGAAUCGUCUCAAUGUAACUCGACAUUGACAGGAUGUCAAACUCCGAUUACUUUGCAAUUAAAUUGUCCAACUAGUCCGAAUCCGAAAUACGCAUACGAUGAUAAUUUUAUGAGAACUCAGCAGAUAGUUCUAGCAUCUGCUUCUCAUGGAGAUCAAAUUCAACAAUGUUUUGACAACCAAAUACCCACAAUGAAGUUAUAUCAAGUGCGAACUGUACAAUGCUCUCCAGACAAUCCAAAUAUAACAUGUCGUGGAUUCACUGCCUACGAUGUCUCACAACAAGCACUAAUAAUAUCGUUCAGAGGUUCUCAUGGAGAUGAUCAGACACAACAAUUAUUCGAUGGUUACGCCAAUUAUGGGAUCCAAUCAUAUUCUGGUAUGGGUGGAAAAAUAUUCAAAGUCAUCUAUGACAGUUUUAUGCUACUCUGGAAUGGAGGAAUGCAACAAGACUUGAGAACUCUCAAAUAUAAAUACCCUGGAUUCGAACUCUGGGUUAAUGGGCAUUCUCUCGGCGGAAUGCUUUCAUGGGUUGCAUCCUCUUACCUUGUAACCUCUGGGUUAUACAAAACAGAAAAUAUAAAAGUGAUCGCAAUGGCGAGUCCAAGAAUGGGAGAUUAUGACUUUGCAGUUUGGUAUACAGCUACGUUCCCUUAUUCUUAUCAUAUAGUUCAUCGUCGUGACAUUAUUCCAAGAAUGUUUACAGUUAAUCCUCACGACAACACAACUGCUUUAUUCCACCCGAGGACUGAAGUUUGGUACAACAACUUCAUGAAUCUAAAUUACACGUAUAAUAUUUGUCAAGAAGCCGAUGGAAACUAUUGCAGUGCAUCGGUUACAGACAAUCUUACGAUGUGGGAUCACAUUUACUAUUUUAAUGUGAACAUGCCUCAAUGGGGAAGAGAUGGCUGUCCGCAGAAUAGAACACCGUAUUCUCAACCACUUGAUACUUUUUUUCUAUAA